AUGAAAGCGAAUGGGUCCAAGAAGCAGAAUUCGGGUCGGGACAUUCCUGGACCCACGAACCCGAUGGUGACGCCUUUGCUCACGGAUCUAUAUCAAUUCACCAUGGCUUAUGCCUACUGGAAAGCUGGCAAGCAUAAAGAACGUGCUGUGUUCGAUUUGUAUUUUCGGAAGAAUCCCUUUGGAGGGGAGUACACAGUCUUUGGUGGAUUGGAAGAGUGUGUGCGGUUCGUUGCUAAUUACAAGCUCUCAGAGGAAAACAUUGAUUUUAUCAAGAAAAAUUUGUCUGUUUCAUGUGAGGAUGGCUUCCUUGACUAUCUUAGAGGAAUUGACUGUUCUGAUGUUGAGGUGUAUGCUAUUCCCGAAGGAUCAGUUGUUUUUCCUACAGUACCCCUCUUGAGGGUGGAAGGUCCAAUUGCUGUUGUUCAAUUGCUGGAAACACCUUUCCUCAAUCUAAUUAAUUUUGCAUCAUUAGUUUCAACUAAUGCUGCAAGGCAUCGUUUCGUUGCUGGAAAAUCAAAAACUCUACUUGAGUUUGGACUACGAAGGGCUCAGGGGCCUGAUGGUGGAGUUGGUGCAUCAAAGUACUGUUAUAUUGGAGGAUUUGAUGCAACAAGCAAUGUUGCAGCAGCAAGGUUAUUCGGCAUUCCUCUUCGUGGCACUCAUUCCCAUGCCUUCGUUAGCUCGUAUACGAGCUUUGACGAGAUUAUAAACAAAAAGCUUCGUAAAAAAGAUGGUUCAAGCACAUGUGAAGAUUUUGUUUGUUUAGUUCAAAAAUGGCUGAGAAAAAUUCAGUUGUCAAAUGCACUACGUAGCAUUUUUACUGAGACCAAUCAAAGUGAGCUGGCAGCAUUCACAUCAUAUGCAUUGGCAAUUCCUGAUAACUUUCUUGCCCUUGUAGACACUUAUGAUGUCAUGAGAAGUGGAAUCCCGAACUUUUGUGCAGUUGCAUUAGCUCUCAGUGAAUUAGGAUACAAAGCAAUUGGAAUUAGACUGGAUUCUGGCGAUCUUUCAUAUCUGUCUUGUGAGGUCAGGAAGUUCUUUUGCUCCAUUGAGAAGGAAUUUGGAUCGUCCGGUUUUGGAAAGAUGUGUAUCACAGCUAGUAAUGACCUUAAUGAGGAAACGUUAGAUGCUUUAAACAAACAGGGUCACGAGAUUGAUGCCUAUGGAAUUGGGACACACCUGGUUACAUGUUACGCUCAAGCUGCUUUAGGUGUUGUUUUCAAGCUGGUUGAGAUAAAUAAGCAACCUCGUAUCAAACUUUCUGAAGAUGUCUCAAAGGUCACUAUUCCAUGUAAGAAGCGAAUUUAUAGGUUGUAUGGGAAAGAAGGUUAUCCUUUGGUAGACAUAAUGACUGGGGAAAAUGAACCCUCUCCAAAGUUGGGAGAAAGAAUUCUGUGCCGCCAUCCCUUUCAAGAAUCCAGGAGAGCAUAUGUGGUCCCACAGCAUGUUGAGGAGCUUCUAAGGUGUUACUGCGCAGGGAAUUCAGGUAAAAAGGGAGAAACCUUGCCACCUUUAAAGGAGAUAAGAGAGCGAUGCAUCAAGCAACUUGAGCAAAUGCGACCUGACCACAUGAGAAGAUUGAAUCCGACUCCAUAUAAGGUUAGUGUGAGUGCAAAGUUAUAUGACUUCAUUCAUUUCUUGUGGCUUAAUGAGGCACCCGUCGGGGAACUGCGGUAA